AUGGGGAAUCAUCAAAAAGCAAGUGGUGAUAUUUAUUUUAAAACUGUACACAUCAUUCCGCACAGCCAUUGGGAUGUUGGUUGGUUGAAAACAAAGAAAGAUUAUUAUGAACAAGAAGUGAGAAACAUUAUCGGAUCGGUGAUUAAAGCUUUGACCGAAAAGCCUGAUAGAAAAUUUAUAUUUGUAGAGAUGAGUUUUAUUAGUUAUUGGUGGGAAGAUUCUUCAGUGAGCAAGGAAGAGAAAAAUCUUUUCAUGAAAUUCUUGAAUGAAAAGAGGAUUGAAUUUGCAUUGGCAGCUAUGACAAUGUCUGAUGAAGCAGCUAAUACCUACUCUUCUGUUAUUCACACAUUGACAAGAGGACACCAAUAUGUAAUUGACACUUUUAAUACCAAAGAUCGUGAUUUUAUUCCUACUUCAUCAUUUAGAAUUGAUCCUUUUGGAUCUACAACAACAAUGACUCGUAUUUAUAGAGAAUCUGGUUUGAGUGACACUGUUAUUAUGCGAAUUCCACAAGGUAAACAAACGGAAAUGAGAGAUAAUAAGCAAAUGUCAUUCUAUUGGAAUUUAGCUGAUGGGUCUUCUGUGUAUAGUAAUAUUAUGGAUUAUCAAUAUUGUGUAAGAGCACUCUUCUUUGAUGGAGAAUCAUCUAUUUCAUAUGGCUCUGAUGAAAUUGUUGCAGAUGAAAUGCACAGAGAAAUUUUGAAAUACUCUUUGGGAUUUAAUCAAUCUGAUAUUAUGCUUCCUGGAGGUUGUGAUUUCUCAUUCCAAAAUGCUCCAGAAAGAUUUGCUAAAAUCGAAAAAGGUAUGAAGUAUAUCAAUGACCAUCCUGAAAUCUAUCCAUAUAAGGUUAAAUUCUCACUCUUAAGUGAAUAUAUGCAAGCUUCUAGACCUAAAAAAUCUGGAGAUGUUUAUUCAUACAAUGCUGACUUUAUGCCAUAUGCAGAUGGUCCAAAUGCAUUCUGGACUGGUUAUUAUACAUCUUAUCCAAUUUUGAAACAAGCCAUCAGAACUGCUGAAAGCUUCUUUAGAGCUGCCAAAGCACUCUUUGCCAUCAGUACACCAUAUGUCAAAGAUGAUCAAAGAAAAGGAUUUAUUGAACAAGGAUUUAAACAAUUAGAUCAGUUGGCCGUCUCUAUGGCUGAUGUUACUCACCACGACGCUGUAACUGGUACCUCCAAAUUAGAAGUUACCAAAGAUUACAUUGAUUCAUUGUCUGAUGGUGUAAAGGAGGCUAAGCAAGCAUUGACUCAAUCAUUAACUGCUCUUAUUACCAGCAAGUUAUCACAAUCAGAUAUUGUAUUGGAAGAUUAUCUGAAUAAGUUGGUUUCAAACAGCUUCUCUUUUACAGAACUUAUGCAAAAGUUCUCCUCCCUCAUUAGUCAAAGAAAAUACAGCUAUUCCAUUCCAAUUGUACUUUUCAAUAGUCUCUCAUGGGACAUUGAGAACCAUGUAGAAACAAUUGGUCCAGAUGAAGCAGCUCCAUUUUCCUCAAUUAUCAAACAAAUAUGCUUCUUUUCUAUGGAAGGAACUAGAUUGAAAUCACAAUACUCAAAAUCUGUACUUGCUCCUGAUGAAUAUGAUUUGCAUUUCGUCGUUCCAAAAAUUCCAGCCCUUGGCUAUACAACUGUUCUCAUUAAGCCAUGUGAUACUAUGGAGCAAGGAAGUAUUAAUGAAGAAAUUAUCAACAUAGAAGACAAACCAUACACUAUUUCCAACUCAAAGACUAGUGUCACUUUCUGUAAGAAGAACAAUAUGGUCUCUCUUUGUUCAAUUGAAAAAGAAGGAAAUAAGUAUGAAAUCUCCCAAAAACUAAUGACCUAUACAGGAAUUUCAGGCUACACCUUUGGAGUUAAUCAACAAAAGAGCGGUGCCUACAUCUUUGCUCCAAAGAGCCAAGAACCAACUCUUAUUACUCCUACCUCUAGCUCUCUUCUCAUUUCUAAUUCAAUCUCUAACAACAUUUUCACACAAGUGGAACAAACUGUUGAAAAAUAUGUUAAACAAAUAGUUAGACUUUAUCAACCAGAAAUUGCUCAAAAGCAAGGAUAUGAUUUGGAAUAUAUUUACUACUUUGAUGAUAUUCCUGGUGAUGACGAAAUAAUUACCAAGUUCGAUGCUUCAGCAUUUAUUUCCUCUAAGGGCGUAUUCUAUUGUGAUAAGAAUGGUUUGGAAACAGUUAAAUCAAAUACCAAGAGCAAAGUUGAAGCAACUUAUCUCCCAAUUGUAUUUAACUGUUUUAUCAGAGAUGAAGAAAAGAAGACUCAAUUGACUCUCUUUGUUUCUGAAACUCAUGGUGCUGCUAGUAUGAAGAAUGGUGAAUUGGAAAUUAUGCUCCACAGAAGAACCCUCAGUGAUGAUGGUAGAGGUGUAGAUCAACCAGUUAAUGAUGAAUCUAAUAUUGCUAUUAAUAUUAAGAAAGAACCCAUCAGCAUCUGA